UUUGACAUAGAUAUAUCUAAAGAAGAUUGUGUAACAACUUUAUAUGAUACUAAAACAUCUUUCUUGAAAUGUUAUAAUAUUCUUUAGCAUUUUACUUUUUUUCAGGUUUGGCUUGGAGCUUACAAAACACACUAAUGUACGUAAUGCUUUUAAGUGGGAAAGACAAAACUUUGUAAGCAAUGGCUUCAUAUAGCCCUAAACUGUUAGAAAAGAAAUACAAUAACUGGGUUAAAGCUCAGUUAGCUGUGUUGUUUACUAAAGAAGGAGUUGAACCUUUUGUUUGUAAUGAAAUCCAACACUUUCAAUUAAAAUGUUUACAUGAUAUAUGUUACCUAAAUGGCUUACCAAGUGGGACUUGUUGUUCAGGUUGUUAUACGGAAAAUCUUGUAAAGUGUCCUACAGCUAGAUUAUGUAAUGUUGGGCGUGGGAAAUCGUGCAGUUAUCAUCGAAAUGUCACAACACAGUACAAUUCUUCUGGCUGUCCAAACAAGAUUUGUCAUAAGUUCAAAACUGAAAUACAGAAUGCACAUAGAUACAACGGUCCGUCGUACAAAAACACAGAUGCUACCAAGUGGUGCAGUAAUUCCUGGGAAGUUGCUAAAUGCUUUAUGCCCCCAGAUGGGUAUAAAGACAAGGCAUCUGCAACAGAAACAGACUUCAAUGGGAUAAUCAGCGUUAUCCUAAAUCACAAAGACUUCCAGGGAAAAGUACAGGAAAACCUCAAUAAUAAGAUAAACAUAUUUGAAGAGGCAAGAGAAAUUGGAAGACAUGUUCGCCAUUCAUCAAAACUUGAAGUGGAAGAUCCAGAUCUUCAGAAAUAUUUCAAAAUACUACAGCAUCUACUUUCUGACCCCGUGUAUUUAGCUACUAACACGCAUGCGCAGAAUGCAAAACAGAAACUUAUACAGUUGGAAAAUGACACUCUUGUCAUUGGUAAAGAUGAUAUAAGGAAAGUACUAGAUGAUGUGGCAACAGCACUUCAAGACAAGAUGAAGGCUGGGUUAGAUGAUCAAUAUGACAAAAUUAAACAAGAAAUGAUUAGAAAAAAACAAGAAGAUCUUCUAUCUCUUGAGUCUCAAACUGCAAAGGGAAUUAUACAGAUACAAGAUAAGGCUGAAGCUGCUUUGAAAAGAUUAAAUGACGAAGGGGACAAAGAAGUUGAUAUGAUGCAAAAAGAAGGAGAUAAAAAACGAAAAGAUCUGACAGAAUUAGGAGAGACGUUACAAAAGAAACUGAAAACAGCAACUAAAGCCGAGAAAGAAGAACAAUAUAUUGAUUCUAAACAAAGUAAGUGAUAAAACAAUUUAUCUCAUGACAUCAUUUCUUUUUCAUGUGCUAUAACUAUCACGAUUAUUUUGUAGAUUAUUUUGUACGUAGCACCUGAUUAAAUAUAUCCAUUGAACCUCCAGGUUUACACCGCAUGAUUUUCUAAAAUCAUCCUUUCAUUAUUCUGAAUAGUCUGUAUCAAAUGCUCAUUGUACUCCAUCUAGCCUCGCUUUUAUUUUGCAAGUCCAAAUCAAACCCAUAUUAAAUCCAUUUUACACCGUCUAGCCUCGUUUUCAUUUUCCGAAUCCAAAUGUCCAGAUCAAGUUCAUAUUGUACUCAAAGUGACUGCAUCUGUAAUUUACCAUUUUUAUAAUGCUUAAACAGCUAAAACGUUGAUUUUAUGUGU